UCCCUCUCCGCCCUUGUCGGCGCGCAGCCCAGCUCUCCCACGCCGGGUUUCCUGCUUAAGAUGGCGUCCCCCAUGGCAGCGCAGGCCCGGAAACUUCUGCGAGACCUGGCGCUCCAACCCACGCUCCUCGCGCCCAGGUCUCAGCCAUUUCAAUUAACCUUCAGACGAUGGCUGAACCUGCAGGAAUACCAGAGCAAGAAACUGAUGUCUGACAACGGAGUAAAAGUUCAAAGAUUCUUUGUAGCAGACACUGCGAAUGAAGCUCAGGAGGCCGCUAAGAAACUAAAUGCAAAAGAAAUUGUUUUAAAAGCCCAGAUCUUAGCUGGAGGAAGAGGAAAAGGUAUCUUCAGUAGCGGUUUGAAAGGAGGUGUUCAUUUAACAAAAGACCCUAAAGUUGUGGGAAAGCUGGCUAAACAGAUGAUUGGAUAUAAUCUAGCAACAAAACAAACUCCAAAAGAAGGUGUGAAAGUUAACAAGGUGAUGGUUGCUGAAGCCUUGGACAUAUCCAGAGAAACCUAUUUUGCGAUUCUGAUGGACCGGGCCUACAAUGGCCCCGUGCUGGUGGGCAGCCCCCAAGGGGGCAUCGACAUUGAAGAGGUGGCAGCUUCAAAUCCAGAACUUAUUUUUAAGGAGCAAAUUGACAUUAUUGAAGGGAUAAAGGACAGUCAAGCUCAGCGGAUGGCAGAAAAUUUAGGCUUCCUUGGGCCUUUGAAAAACCAGGCUGCAGAUCAAAUUAAGAAGCUGUAUAAUCUCUUCCUGAAAAUUGAUGCUACUCAGGUGGAAGUGAAUCCCUUUGGUGAAACUCCAGAAGGACAAGUUGUCUGUUUUGAUGCCAAGAUAAACUUUGAUGACAACGCAGAAUUCCGACAAAAGGAUAUAUUUGCUAUGGAUGACAAGUCAGAAAAUGAGCCCAUUGAAAAUGAAGCUGCCAGAUAUGAUCUAAAAUACAUAGGACUAGAUGGGAACAUUGCCUGCUUUGUGAAUGGUGCUGGACUUGCCAUGGCUACUUGUGAUAUCAUUUUCCUGAAUGGUGGGAAGCCAGCCAACUUCUUGGAUCUUGGUGGUGGUGUAAAGGAAGCUCAAGUAUAUCAAGCCUUCAAAUUGCUCACAGCUGAUCCUAAGGUUGAAGCCAUCCUUGUCAAUAUUUUUGGUGGCAUUGUCAACUGUGCCAUCAUUGCCAAUGGGAUCACCAAAGCGUGCCGAGAGCUGGAACUUAAGGUGCCCUUGGUGAUUCGGCUUGAAGGAACCAAUGUCCACGAGGCCCAGAAGAUACUCAGUAACAGCGGGCUCCCAAUUACUUCAGCCAUCGACCUGGAGGACGCAGCAAAGAAGGCUGUGGCCAGCGUGGCUAAGAAGUGAUGUCUUUGCCCUGAUCUCGUGGCAGAAGUCCAUUUUACCAUAAAAAGGAAUAGUUCUCUCUUCACUGUGAAGGAAAUGGUUAGCACAUUGAGAAAGGACAAGGGGUUAGGGAUGAGCAAGAAUCUUUGUAUGAAAAAUCUUAAAUCUGUAUCUUCUUGAAAAAGAUAUAUAGACAGCCUAAAUAACCUGAUUUCUUUAUAGUUUUUAUUAAAUCAAUGCCCUUUGUUUUCAUACUUUUCUGUUGUGGUGAGCCGGCUCAGUAAACUUGUGUUGCUGACUUGAGGAGCAGUCUAUGUGACCAAACAGUGUGUGUGUGUGUGCAGAAUUUGAGAUCAGGUCCUCAUUCGUUUACAGCAAUCUUUGUGGACAUUUAAUCCUAUAUAAUAAAAAAAUGACAGUCCUUAAAAAACUCAGACAAGACUAUAUUUAACAGAUUAACUGUCAAAAAGGUGCAGCUUUUUAACAGAUUAACUGUCAAAAAGGUCCAGCACGUAUUUGGAAUAUCGAUGAAUAUUCUAAAAUAUAUUUUACAAUGGAAGGUCCACACUAAUAUCUCAUACGUGUAUUCUGCCAUUUGCCUUAAUAUCGAAAAUACUGUUUACCUCAAAUGAAAAAUAAAGCCAGAAGCCUUAUUUGUGGCCAUAGGUGGUCAGAUUAAGUAGAAGAUUUCAUCUUAAUCUGAAAAGAAAGGUGGUUCUUAUGGAAAUCUCUGUAAUUAAGACAUUCCAAGAUGAGACAGCACUGGAGAUCAAAUUCUAUUGUGAGUGCCAGUAUCUUUUCUCCCCUUCUCCUUCCCCCCAAAUUCUACCAACUGGAAAAAUGUAAUUAAGAGAAUGUGGCUUUUUUCCAUAAUGUUCAUUGUGGGGGUGGGGAGGAUUUGAUUUGGUUUAUGUUGAUUGAUAUUUUGGCAAAAUUUUAUUUGUACACAAAUUUAAAUAAAAUCUUAUCUUUUGUAAGCUCCAA